AUGCUGGCUCUUCCAGGUGUGCGGCUGUGCCCUCGCCAGGUGACCCCAGGCCUUAAAGUCUGUGGUUUUGCGACCCUCCGUGGAACAUCGGGAUCCCAGGACAAGAGCAGCAGCGGUCCGGUUUUCCAGUAUGUCGGCAAGCACAAAAAUCCAACCCUCAAGGUGUUUGUGUGGGGCUUUAGCUUCACCGGGGCCCUCGGGAUUCCCAGCUUCGUGGUGCCGGAUAGCGGCAGGAAAAAGCCCAGGAAGUAUCAGCUCACUCCUUACCGCCUGGAGACUGCAGAGCAGAUCUCCUCGGCUGCUUGCGGUUAUGGCUUCACCCUCAUGGCGUCCUCCACCAAAGACGUGUCCAAGUUGUGGGGCAUGGGCCUGAACAAGGACUCCCAGCUGGGCUUCCAGCGCACCCAACACAGCCGCGAGCGGAGCUAUGAUUACGUUUUGGAGCCGUCCCCGGUGGCCCUGCCUCUGGUGGCGCCGCUGCAGACCAGGGUGGUCCAGGUGUCGUGUGGGCGGGCCCACUCCCUGGUCCUCACCGACCGGGAGGGAGUUUUCAGUAUGGGAAACAACGCGUACGGCCAGUGUGGGCGGACGAUCGUCGAUCAGGAGGUCUACAGUGGAAGCCACGUCAUCCACCGGAUUGAAGGGUUCAGCAGCCGGGUGGUCCAGGUGGCGUGCGGGCAGGACCACAGCUUGUUUCUCACUGAGACGGGGAAGGUGUUCGCCUGCGGGUGGGGGGCAGAUGGACAGACGGGUUUGGGGCACCACAGCGUCAGCUCCCAGCCGGUGGAGGUUGGAGGCGAUCUGGCGGGCGUGGCCGUGCAGCAGAUCAGCUCGUAUGGAGACUGCAGCCUGGCCGUUUCCAGGGACGGACGUCUGUUCGGCUGGGGGAACUCCGAGUACCGACAGCUGGCCUCGGUCACGGAGUUCACGCAGGUGAGGAGGGACCGCCGGGACGGGCGGGGUCUGAUCCACGUCCCCCGUCAGUCCAGCGGUCAGAUCAACGCUCCUCGUCAUCUUCCUCUGAAAGGUUGUGGAACGUUGGUCGAGGCAGCGUGCGGAGGCACACAGGUCGCCGUUCUCAACGACAAAGGAGAGGUGUUUGUUUGGGGCUACGGCAUUCUGGGAAAAGGCCCGAACCUGUCGGAGUCUUCCACCCCGGAGAUGAUCCCCCCCACGCUGUUCGGACGCUCCGAGUUCAACCCCUCGGCGUCCAUCACUAAGAUCAGGUGUGGCCUCAACCACUUUGCUGCAGUGACGGAUCGAGGCGAGCUAUUCGUUUGGGGGAAGAACGUCCGAGGCUGUUUGGGCAUCGGGAAGAUCGAGGACCAGUACUUCCCGUGGCGAGUGACGGUGCCGGGUCGGGUGGUGGAUGUAGCGUGUGGCGUCGACCACAUGGUGGCGCUGGUGAAAUCCCUCCUGUAGCUCCGGGUUCCCUCGGCAGCAGAAGAGAGGAACGCCGGAUGUUUCUGACCGGACCGGAGUC